UAUCAAGCCCAGAUGCUCAGUCACUUUGUACCAGUAGAGCGAUCAAGAUGUGGACGCAACAGCUUCUUCUCCUAGUGUUGUUGGUGAUUGUAGAGUGCAGUGUUUCGUCACCGCGAGUGAAGCGUCAAUUUUUUGCACCUUCAGAGGAAUGCAUCAUAUCUGCAACCGAAAUAGAUGAGUUGGUUCAACUCACAAAACUUGUCGAAGGUCGCAGAUCGUCACGCAAGCGUCCUCCCGCUCGAGACUCGACCGCGACGACGGGUUCGGAUGAAUGUAGCCGUAAGCUUCGAGAGUUUAAAACGACUAUCGAAGCUGUACUUUCACGGUACAGUACCAUGCAGAAAUCGUACCUCACUGCCAACCAGUACGAGCUGCUGAAAGCUCAGCAAGAGUCCGAGCUGACCGAUCUGCUGAGGCGAGUGGACAACUUAGAGCGUGAAGUAGAGCAGCGAUUUCUGGCGGAAAUCGAACGACUGCGUAACAGUUUGCAAAAUCUGAAGCGACGUCUCAACGAUAAUCUGCGUCUGCUCGAACAGGAACGAGCGGCUGGCCGCCGGGCUCAGGAAGCCCUUUGUGUGGGGUACAUUCAGGGAGACAACGUUGAGGAAGCGGCCAAGAUCUACCGUGCUCUGAAUGGGACCUAUGAUAUAGCGCGGCUCACUAAUGAUACGUACCAGGUGGAUGGAAACACGGUCGGUGCGUUGGUAGCCUUCUUCGAAGCACUUCGUGAGGAUGCACAGACAUUUGGUACAAUUUCGGGCUAUGAAGUGUUGUACUCGCACCUCGAGCGUAACAAUCAGCUGGACCGAGAACGGAGUAGAAUAAUCUUUCACUCGCUGGUGGGGUUGGAACAUUUUUACACCGAUCCGGUAGAUAUUGCGCGUGUCCAGGUGCUGAGAGUUAAAAUGAUAGACAGGUUGCAAUCGUUUGUCGGCAAAACGAAGUAAGAUUAGCUAGGAAAUUAGUUUAACCGUAUAUUAAAGUGCGUAAAUCAUAAAAACGAAGAUCAGAAGGUUUUGAACGGCACCAACUCAAUGUUCUAAUUUGAGCUUACUAUCCUAUCUCAUGCGAUAAAACAUUAUAAUUCCGCUUUCACGCAAAAAAAAUCAUUAUGCGUGUGCUUGUAAUUGUGUUGUAGCUAAAACUAAGGUAAAAAUAAAAAAUAAAUUAAAUAAUCAAUUAAAUAACAUUAAUAGGAUCGAUCGCAGCUCCAUGCGAAGUGACCACUGUGCACGCAUCACAAACUGUGCCGCUCUCUCUUUCUCUCACACACGCUCGCACGCACCGACGUUUUUCGAUCAGCGCUCGACGCUCUCUCACGAACGGCAUUCGAGCAAAACGCGUCCAUCGUCAUUCGAGCAGUGUGCUCAUUUCGCGUGGUAUCGAUUGUGUGAGAGGCAGUAUUUUUGAUGCGUGCUCAAUGCGGGCUCUCUCAACGGGCUCGUUGGUCUAGGGGUAUGAUUUUCGCUUAGGGUGCGAGAGGUCCCGGGUUCAAAUCCCGGACGAGCCCACCCGCUCUGAAGCAACCUUUCUUUUUUGGUUGGCGGUGUCCUCCCAGCCCCAAAUGGUAUGCGUGUAUGAGGUGCG